AGCUAAGUAAGAUUUACAGGCGAAGGAAUACUUAACAUAAAGCGGAAGAAGUAAUUGUAAUAUCAUCCAUCCAAGAAAUUUUCAGAUCAAAAUGAACAGGCAAAUAAGGUUGUUUCUCGAGCAAGAAAAUGCAGCACUUAGGGCUGAGAACACAACCCUUCGACAAACGAUGUUGUGUCCCCCUUGCAGCUCAUGCAACAGACCUGCGGUCCAACCCGACGUGGCGAUGAUGGAAGAACAGCUUCGGCACGAGAACCAGAUGAUCCGUGCCGAAAUCAAGCGGAUGCAACGAUUAACGGCUUGCCACUUGUCGUGGUCCCCCAACCAGGUCUCGACCAACCACGGUGACUCCUCCUCCUCCUCUUCUUCUUCCUUGGCCAUGACUGCACGGUGGAUCGAUGUGUUGGCUCUAGCCACUGAUUCUGCGAACGAGGUGACCCGUUUGGCGAGGGCCGAGGAGCCGGCGUGGAGCAGAGACGGAGAUGGAGGGAGCGAAACCCUAAACCUAGAAAUGUAUUACACGCGUUUCUUGCCUUGCGAGCAAAUCAACGUGGAGGAAUUCGUUCACGAGGCGUCACGUGCGACAGGGCUUGUGGCUAUUGAUGCUCCGUCCCUUUUGAGAAAUUUUGCGAAUCCGAGCCGUUGGGUCGAGAUUUUUCCAUCGAUGAUUGCAAGUUCCUCAAUCGAAGCAAGAAACAGGAUUCUUCAAGUGGUAAAAGUGGAAUUUAUGCCGGUUGUUUCACCGUUGGUCUCGACCCGGGAGGUGAAGUUACUGAGAUGCGUCAAGCAAAUGGACCGGAACACAUGGGUCGUGGCCGAUGUCUCGCCCUGUCUCAGGUUACAUCACCCGAAUCCACGGCCAGCAUUCAUCAGAUUUCCUUCUGGAUACGUUAUUCAACGCUUAGCCAAUGACUUCUCAAAGGUGACCGUUGUAGAGCACUGGGGCUAUAAAGAGGACGCGGUUGUAACCCGGUUCAGGUCAUAUCUCAGAACCGGCUUAGGCUUCGGGGCUCACAGAUGGUUAGCCGCUCUACAACGCAGCGGCUUUAGCUCCUCGACGAUAAGAGAAUUGAGCCCACUCGCUAAACGCAACUUGGUUAACCUAUCUCGGCGAAUGGUUAGCGUAUUUUGUGCCGGAGUAUGCGGGAUAACCGGACAAAACUGGAAACCAGUCGGUACAGACCGGUUGUUGGACCAUAACAUCAGAGUAUUCAGCCGAGAAACCCAGGACAGAGGAAACCCAUGCGUCCUGCUUAGCGCAUCCGGCUUGGUUCGGAUGCAAGCUAAACCGGAUGUAAUAUUCGGUUUGCUGUGCGAUGCGCGAAAUAUGGACCUAUGGGACCAUAUGCGCCACAGCGGAGAAAUCGAAGAAAGGGUUCGGGUUUCCAAAGGGCCUAAUCCGGGAAACCACGUGUCCAUCUUCCGCGUCCGGGGCAAUUCUAGUGGAGCAAACGAGAAGUAUGUGCUCCAAGAAACAUACCACGAGGCGUCGGCGACGAUGGUGAUCCACUCCGCCGUGGACCUGGAAGCGGCCGCCAUCGCUGCCACACACGGUGAGGAAUAUUCCGGCUGUGACCUUCUCCCGUCGGGAUUCACGAUAAUGCCGGGUUGUCAGGUGGGCACGGCGGAGGCGGAGGCGGAGGCCGGAAGUUCCCGGAGCGGCGGAGACGAGUGGUGCGUCGUGACGGCAGGGUUUCAGAUGGUUGCCGGCGAUGCGGCGUUGACUGGCGGCGUCUCCGAUGAGAUGGUCAACGCCGUCGAGGAGAUGGUCUCCUCGGCACUCGGCAAGCUGAGAAAUGCUCUCCCGGUGAACUUAGGCCUCCGCUGAAAUUUCACUUUUAAUUUUAUGUUUUGUUUUUUAAAUCUUCGUAUAUCAAUAGAUCAUUUAAUGUGUUUGUGAA